CCGGCAUGUCGCCCGGGCCCGAGUCGACGACGUGCGAUUGCGCCGGCGACACGCCCGGCGAGGGCUGCCGCAGCCGGGUCCUUCUGGCGUGCUUUGCCCCCGGGGCCAGCCGGGCCCUGGCCGAGGCAGCCGCGCGCACUCUCAAUGCCCACGUCCGGCAGCCGCCCCCGCCGGGCAGCGGGUACCGGCCCGAGGCCGACCCGCCGGACGCCGACCGCCCGGAGGAGGCCCGCUCUGCCUGGACCCCGCCGGAGUACGUUGUCCGAGCCCUGGAGCAGGCGCGCCUCCGGCACCGGCUCUAUUCGACCCCCAAGAAGCCGAUCGACUUUUUGUACAAAUUCUCGGUCACCGUGGAGAACCUCCGGCUGGUGAACGCCUCGAUCAGCGAUCUGCGCGUGGUCCCCGGCACCCGCCUGCUGCCCUUCAUCUGCGGGUGCUACUCCGAGGACAUGGUGGCCGAGUGCCACACGCCGGAUGACGUCGCACACCCGGACAACAUCCCGGCCACCUGGAAGCUGAUCACCCUGCGCAUCUUCGGCCUCGGGUAUGUGCACGACGCGUCCGGGUCCUCCUCGGCGCGCAUCGUGUCCACGCACCUGCUCGGGGUCCGGGGCUGGCCGGCCGCGUCGGGCGGCCUGCGCUACUUCGGCCCGGCCGAUCGGCCAUGCAUCCACUACUCGCCGUCCGAGGCGGCGGCGGGCCUGGCCGGUCUGCGGCCGGGGGCCGGCCCGGACCGGCCGCCGGCCCACUCGGCCCCGGGCCGCCCCGCGCACCGGGACCGGCUGUCAUGCCACUCGCGGGAAAGCCCCUUCCCCGGGGUGGACUGGCUGCACAUGGACCCGUAUGUGGCCCUGUGCGGCACCCGGCCCCGGGACUUUGUCCACAUCGCGCGGCUGUGCCUCGGGCGCCUGUACGCCGGGGAGCGGGCCGGGCACUUGACCGGGUCCUUCUCCGCGCGGAGCUCCCUCAUCGCCUCGCGGCAGCACUCCUCCUUCCAAUCGCAGCACCACCGCUUCAAGGCGGACGCUCGCCGGCCCGUGCCGGGGCCCUUGACGCCGCGCUCGCGCGCGUCGCGGCCCGGCAGUCCCCUUCGGGCGGCCGGCGUCGCGGCCGGCACCUCGGCCCCGGGCUCGGCCCGCGCCCCGGCCCCCGCCCGGCCCGCGCCGCCCUACAACCCCCACCAGUAUCCCCUGCUGGCGGAGCUCUUUCUCCAGCCCCUGGCCCCGGUCGAUGGCGAUGUCAUGGCCGCCCUCCAGACGGUCUCGCUGCUCCGCAAUGAUGGCACCUUCCCCUCGGUCAUUUCACGCGCCGAGCUCCAGGGCCCCCUCCUUCACACGUAUCGGCGCUUCCUCGGGUCCUGGCGCGUGGCGCGGUCCAAGUUCACGGUCUUUGCCUUCAUCGACACCCAAGGCAUCAUCCUGCUGGACAAGGUGUGUCCGCCGGCCGCAUCGAUCUACGCCUCGUGCGAUGCCCUGCUGGGCCUCAGCGAGGGGGCGCGCGCGUGCCCGGACCGGUCGCCGCCGCCCCCCGACCGCGAGUCAAAUAAACCAAGCUGACAUGCCCC